CCCAUAAAUGCCCCUCGCCCCGAUCCCGCCUGGCUCAGUACGCCGCCAAGCUCACAAGCUCCUGGUGCUCGCCGUUCGCUCGCUUCUCUCUCUCGCUCAGCUCGGCUGUGACCGCGGACUUUAGUCGUCAAACAUGAGGACCUUCGUCGCCGUUGUGGUUGCCGUGGCGCUGGUGGCGGUGUACGCCGCGGACGAGAAGAAGCCCGCCGACGGCGAGCGGCCCAAGACCUUCCGCCGCCUCAUCCCCGCCGACGUGCUCAGAGACUUCCCCGGCAUGUGCUUCGCGUCCACCCGCUGCGCCACCAUCGAGCCCGGCCACACCUGGGAGCUGGCCCCCUUCUGCGGCCGCUCCACCUGCGUGACCGCCGAGGGCGACCAGGCCGGCCGCCUUCUGGAGCUGGUGGAGGACUGUGGCCCCCUGCCCGUGCCCAACCCCAAGUGCAAGCUGUCCGAGAAGACCAACAAGACCGCUGCCUUCCCCGACUGCUGCCCCGUGUUCGACUGCGAGGAGGGCGCCAAGCUCGAGUACCCCGAGAUCGCCACCCCGGCCCCGGCCAAGGAGGGCGCCAAGGAUGCCCCCAAGGCCUAGACCAGGGCCCUGACGUAUCCUCCUCACUGUGAUGUUCACCACCAUUCCCACAGGGAGCGGGGGCGGCGCCAGGUGCGUCCGGCUCCCCGCUCCCCCACCCUCACUCCGCCAGCCCGCCUCACCCCCGGCGCCGUCGGACUGCCCCCUGCCCCGCAACGCCCCGCGGAACAUCACCGUGGGGCGGGGCUGGGCGGGAAGCUGGCGGAGUUCAAAGACUGAAAUCCACUGCAACGCUGUCACCUUUCAGCAGUUCGCACUUAGAAAAAAAAAUACCAGUGAACUUUUGAAAAAGAAAAAAGAAAACCAGGCAAAAAAAUUAAUAAAACGUGAAAAAUA